AUGUAUCCAGUGCUCAUGCUGGUGGAGGCGCAGUCGGAGCUGGAGGUUCGAUGGAUCUCGAGGAAGCGGAGGCUGGGAUGCUCAGGGAGAGGGCGAGAAAGGGGAGGUGCAGAGAUUACAGCCCCGUAUUGUGGAGAGGACGGUCAUAGCAGACAGUACAAGGGGAGGGUCCAGGCUCAGGACGUGAGGAGGCGAAGGGAGCAGAGGGUGGGAUGA